GCCACCCCCCACCCGGCCGCCCGCCCCCAUCUUGCUUGUCCGCGGCAGACGACGCAGCAAGUGGCCGGAGAAGAGUCGACAUGAACGGCCACUUCGACGAGGACGGCCGCGAGCGGGCCGAGAGGAAGGGCAGCAAGUCCCCCACGCUGCUGUCGUCCUACUGCAUCGACAGCAUUCUGGGCCGCCGCAGCCCCUGCAGGCUGCGACUCAUCGGCGCCCUGCCCGGCAGAGGGGAGCUCGACAAGGCGCCGGAGGGGUCGACCAAAGAGGUUUCUCUGAGCGCGGACGUGCACCUGCCGCCGAAGCUGCGCCGCCUGUACGGCCCCGGCGGCAAAUACCUCCAGGAGCAGGCGGACAAGCUGCACGAGCGCGAGCGCGAGCGCGAGCGGCUUCUCCUGGAAGGGGCCGCCGAGAGCCUCAAGAUCAUCCAGGCGCCGCAGGUGAGCAUCAGCCGCAGCAAGUCGUACCGGGAGAACGCGGCCCUGAGUCGGCCCGAGGGCGACCGCAGCCCAGGCGAGGGCUCGGAGGACGGCGGCGGCGGCGGCGGCGCGGCGGCCCUGGUGGAACUCGGCGCGUUGAAGUUCGACGAGGACGCGGUGAAGACGGAGGAGGGCGCCUGCGGGAACGCGGCUGCUCGUCUGUCUCCCAAAGACGAGGAGAGGGAGAGCUUGCACGCCGGGGAUGGGGACGUGAGGGACGGGGAGGACAGCGUGUGCCUGUCGGCGGGCAGUGACUCGGAGGAGGGCAUGAUGAAGCGCAAGCAGAGACGAUACAGGACUACCUUCACCAGUUACCAGCUGGAGGAGCUGGAGAGGGCUUUCCAAAAGACGCACUACCCCGACGUCUUCACCAGGGAAGAGCUCGCCAUGCGUUUGGAUCUGACCGAAGCCCGAGUGCAAGUGUGGUUUCAGAACCGCAGGGCCAAGUGGAGGAAGCGUGAAAAGGCGGGCGUGCAGGGCCACCCAGCAGGCCUGCCCUUCCCGGGCCCUCUGGCGGCGGGCCACCCUCUCAGCCACUACCUGGAGGGAGGACCCUUCCCGCCUCACCCGCACCCCGCCCUCGAGUCGGCAUGGACGGCCGCCGCCGCCGCCGCCUUCCCCGGCCUCGCCCCGCCGCACCACAACGGGUCCGCGCCGGCCCUCGCCACCCCGCUCGGCUUGGGCACUUUCCUGGGCACGGCCGCCAUGUUUCGCCACCCGGCUUUCAUCGGGCCCACUUUUGGCAGGCUCUUCUCCAGUAUGGGUCCCCUGACCAGUGCUUCCACCGCUGCGGCGCUCCUGCGGCAGCCGGCCCCCCCCGUCGACAGCUCCCACGCGGGCCCCGUCCUCCCGGACCCGACCCCUUCUUCCAGCCCCGCAUCCUCAGCUGCAGCGGACCGCCGGGCCUCGAGUAUCGCCGCCCUGCGCCUCAAGGCCAAGGAACACUCGGCCCAGCUCACCCAGAUCAACAUCCUGCCCCCCGGCACGGCCGGGAAGGAGGUGUGUUGAACAAUUCCAGGCCUCCUCCUCCCAUUCUACGAUGCCUCCCUACCCCGUUCCUCCAAAAAAAGAGAAAAGCCACUUCAAACGUUGGAGCCCUUUGACCCCCAACAAAGUAGCACGACCAAAGUCACACAAACACUGACUAAAUACAGAUGACACACUGACCAUGGGUGACACAUUUUCACACUCUCUGGCCACAACGAUCUAAUGAGAUCCAAACCACAACUGUAUCAGGAAAACUGUCCUUACAAAGAUGCACAGCGUCACAAAUUUAAAAUGCUAUCUAAAAAUACUCUAUACUGGAUUUUUAUAGUUUGGGUGCCCAUCAGGUACCCUGCGAGAACAGAGACGUGACGUGCAACUUGUUGUGCCGUUCCCAUUUGUAAAAUAGUAAUUCAAAUUCAAUUAGAUGCAUAAAAUGGGACCAGAGAGGGAAACGUUUUCAAUAGAUCAUUUGAAUAAUAUUCUACCGUCAGGUCAUGCAUACGGUUUUAACAUAAAACAGCUGAAAGGAUGCAAGUGCAGUUGUACACCAGGCAAACUACAACCUCAAUAAUAAACCCAUUGUUACAUGUAUUCCUAACAGUGUCAAGCCAAAAUAAAACAUUUUCUUUACAAAGGCUGAUGAUUUUGAAAUGGCUCUGGUGCUGGAUUUCAUUAGAUCGUGCAGAUACAGUAUUGUUCCGGUCAUGACUUUACGAGAGGCGAGAUAUUGAUUGCCCCCCCCCCCCCGUGGGCCAUAUACAUGAUUGAGCCCGCCAAUGCAAGUGGCAUCAUAGCUCUUCAUCAAUUUAGUAUGGCCCACAGAGGACUUAAGGUUCCCGGCCGUUGACUAAAACGGAGACUUUUCAGUUUUCAAACUGCUGGCAAGAUUGGAAUGUAGCCUCAACUUCCCCCAGCUCACUAAACUUGGAAAAAAAAAAAAAAAAACAUCCAGUAAGGGACCAGUGUGUCGUGCUUGCCUGGCCGCCUCAGAGUCCACCUCGGUCAGCCGCGAGCGGACAACCUUACUGUCCGAGCCGAGUGUAUUGCCGAACACCAAACGACACCGGUGUGAUGUUGUAUUUUGGGGAAUGUACAAUCCAUUACAAAUAUAAAAGCGGUGAUCAAAUUACCUGACGACCCAGGUGAGAAUGGAGACGAGACUGUUUGCGGUGGUUUUCCAAGCCUGUGCCGCGUGUCGUGCCGUGUCCAUUUGUAAAAUAGUAGUUCCAAUUCAAUUAGAGGCAUAAAAUGGGGCCAGAGAGGUAAGAUUAUUCAAUAGAUCAUUUUAAUAAUGGUCCUACAGUUUUAGCAUAUACGACUCUAAAAAACAAACCAAAAAAAGUACUGCACAGGCCCUGCAGAAAAAUUGCAACUGAUGUAAAGAUAUAGAGUACCUGUAGUAGAUGAAGUGUAACUAAAAAAUGAAGCAUGAAUGAAAAGAAAAUGAGAUUAGAAAGUUUCACACACACACACACACACAAAGGCUUGCUGUGUUGCUUCCAUUAUAUGAAUGAACGCGUCGACGAGGGCCAGCCCAGCCCAGCCCACCUCCCCGACGACCUGCCCCCACCCGCUCUCCAGCCACCCGCCCAGAACCAAAGGAAAACGGUCCACAGAUCUGACUUGAGUCUUCUCUACAAUCAUUACUCCUCUCCCGCUGCUCACCUGUCCUCAGGUCACACACGGUGUCCAAUCCGGCCUAAGGUCACGCGAGCCCGGCUGGGACGUCUCUGACUGUGUGACGGAAAGAUGUAAAUAUUGUGUAAAGAGGGACGACAAAAUACAACAACAAAACUGAUCCAUUUUCAAAACAGACGCUUGUGUAUAUUUCAAGAGGCCGUGUUUUGAUAAUUUGCACUCGGUGUAGUGUGUGCUGAAUGUCGCCCCGUGUAGAACUCCAUCUGUGUUUUAUGAAUUAUUAGAUUUUUAGUUCAUUAUUUAUGUCCAAACGUCGCCCCCUAUGAACUGAGAAGUCUAAUCGGAAUGAAUGACCUUCAUGAAAUGAGUUCUUUUGGCAUUCAGGACUGAAAUGAUGUGAAAUAUUAUAGAACUAUUAAUAAAAAGUGUUAUGAGGA